AUGUUUAAUCCACGACCUUCUAGUGGCAUAAGCCAUAGUUUUUCAAAGGCUUCGGCUAAGAUCGAUGUGCCAGCAAGAAUUGAAACACAAGUAUCAUCAUCUACAGACCAAUCAGCAAACUUGAGCUUACAUGAUGGUAUUUUCGGCAGAUUUGGCAUAUUAAAGGAUGAUAAUCUCGCAGUAUCACCCUCAUUUGACUCGAAGAAUUUUGAUGAUAGCCAUAUAUUCAACGAUGUUAAAAGAUCUAGUUCGUCAGGUCGAUACAAUGCACUGGAUUUCGAUAUUCAGCCAAUGGCUGAUGUAUCUACGAUAGAGAUGCCCAAAUCGGCGGUAGAAUUGAGUACUGAAGGAAUAUUUGACAAAAACUACCUUGUGCAGCUCAUACUUACGUUUGAGCGUCUAUCGAAAUUUAACAAAAAGCUUAUUUCAGAGCCUCUGCGUUUUCGUUUCAUAGAUAUUUCACAUCAUGGUUAUGAUAAAGAAGCAGAAAAUGAGGGUUUGAUUGACAAAAACGGUAACAAGAUCAAGAAGAUCAUUUACGCAAAACAAGCUGAUGGCCACUAUCGUAGAAGCUACCUUGACCGAGGUAUGAAGGGAGCCGGUCAUUCGUAUUAUGACUCUAACAACUCUUCAGCAGUCCCCAAACAGGCCUAUCCCAUGAGAGUGAUUCAUAACGACAGUGAUAUUCUGGAUACAGUGCGUCAUGAGGCAAGCACGCUUGAACAUCCAAACAUCAAUGGUUUGGAUGUCUAUGAGACUCGCAGAGGUGCUACACAGACGGAUUGGAAGAGCGGUGAUAUACGAGGGAAGGUAGAUAUAGAAUUUAAAAGGUCAGAUUUAGCGGAUAAAAAUAGGGAUCCGUUAUUAGCAUUCAAGGAGGGAACAGAUGAGUAUCCUUUUGCUAAACCGAAGCUCCGUCCGAUACCGUCACAGACUGAUUGGAAAAGUAAAAAUUCCUUCGAAAAUGAUAUUGGAUUUUUCCAGUUUUCAAAGAGAGGAUUUCCACAGAAGGAGGAAACUAAGGAUUCCGAACAAUCGUUUUUGGAGAAGCUUUUGGAUAAACCUUUUGAUAAUGAAGAUGAUACGUUCACUCAGAAUGUUAAUUCUCCAAGGAGGAGUAUUUGGGGUGAUAAUGAGCAAACUGUAAACUUGCAAUGGCAAUAUAUGGAUCCACAUGGCAUCGUUCAUGGACCAUUCCCCUCUGAGCAAAUGUACCAAUGGUAUUCUAAGAACUUUUUCCCCCAGAAUUUAAGGAUGAGAUAUAAUACUAAAAUGUCAUGGACUCCUCUUAAGGAUCUCUAUCCGCCAAACACCUCCGCCUUUAGAUCAUUGCCUAGUGGUUAUGAUGGUAAAGGUGAUUCUUGGCCAACUGCUGCGCCGCAAUGGAAGACUCCUAGAGACUCAGUAUCCAGUUUCAACGAUAGAGAAGUUUUAAGGUCACAACAAUCACCAUUCUUUGGGAAGAUGCAUGAGAUUCCAAAAGUGUCACACGAUCUACCCAAGGUAGUGGCUGCAAAAACGCACACAUCGGCAGCUCUUCCGAUUGACAUUUUGGGUAGUUUGGAGCCUAAACCAAAACCAUCGCUUCAUGCCUCUCCAUUUCUUUCAAUGGAGAAACCGAUAACGAAGAGAACCCCUAACAAAACCCCAGAAGGGAGGGACACAUUACACAGGGGUGCCGCUGGCAUUCUUAAGAAUUUGGAGGUUUUGUCAGCUAAGGAGGUUACAACACAUAGUAUGCCGCAGACCCAAGAACACGUCUCUGACCCACCUCGUGAAUCUUUGGGCUGGAAGAAGACGGAAGUCGAAGUUGCAUCGUUACUAGAAAUUAUGGAAAUCCAGAAGAAACAGAGCGUGGCUGAAGCAAAGGAAGAACCUGCUAAGAAGGUGAUGCAAACGGGAUGGGAUUUCAGUAAUAAUAACGCACACGUUGACCUAUCUGAAGACUUUCCUACGCUUGGCACCGAUGUAAGAGUUGUCACAACUCGCACUACAAAGUCCACAUUCUCCAAACAAAUUACAACUAUGCCUCUAGAGACUUUCAUAGAGCGCAAUUCUGGAGUUGUGUCUGGACUCGAAUCAAACCAAACGUUCGCAAGUAAAGUGUUUGGAAAAUAA